CCUCAGGAGCGGGCACCACCGAGCAUGACACCGCCAGUCAUGACGAGAGUCACGCCGCCCUGGUACAGGUAGGAGACCUUCGGGGACGGUUUGGCCGAGCGCUGCUGCACAGCAGCCGAGGGAGCUGGCAGACGACGGGCGAAAGUGGGCCUGACUGUCGCAGGCGCAGGCUUUUGGACGGGAGAGGAAAUCCGAUACGAGGUCACGGACGAAGCGGUAUCGCUUUCGGAGUCGGAAAAGUCGCUUUCAGAGUCCGAGCUGCUGCUGCUGCUGCUGGCGGCGUCAUCGUUCACAGGCUGACGGCGUAUUGUCCGCAUGCGCGCGGCAAACAGAGUGGCUCGAAGGCGCAAAAGAGUCGGCUGUUCAUCCUGAACAGUAGCAGAAGCAUCCUGCACCUUGGCUGGUUUCGCCUGUUGCUCCUGGACACUCCCACCAUUCGAGAGGCUCCACCUCCACACAUCGACCACCGCUCCAUUGCCAACCCGCGCCUUGACGAACCGCGGCCCGAACACGAUCGAGAUCGUCUCGUCCGCCUGUCCGCCGAGCGCGGCGAACCACACGGCCCAGGGAAUAUUCGACCCGAUCGAUGCAGCGAACACCGCUGGCGGGGGUUUCGCGACAGUCAGAGUGAGGGUGGUGCACGGCGCACGCGUGCCGGAGAGGGAUGCGGUCAGGAUGACCUGGGCGGAGGUGAUGCUGGUGUGCGGGAUGGUCUGCAUAGAGCGGAGGGGGUUCGUGAGGUAGGCCACGACGUGCGCGACGGCUGAGACGUUGGAGGAUGAGCACAUGGUCGUGAGAAUUGGAUCUGUGAGGUAUCGUCCGGCGAUGGAUGCAAAAUCUAGCGUGUCAAGCGUGAAGGUCGUAGCCGUGGAAUGAGAAUGGGAAUGUGAAGGUCGUGCAGGUAGAAACGUCGAAAAAAGCGAAACGGAGGAGCAGAGCAGACGAGCAGGAGGUAAGAGACUGGGAGUCUUGGUGUCCCCCACACUCGUCCGAGGUUCUUAUACGUAUAGCGCCAUUAUACAUCGGACAAUGGCUUCGGGCAAAUGAACGCGCAUUGUUACAGAAAGAGAACAAUGGGUGUUUGUCCGUAUUUGUUGAACAGGGACAGCAUCUCUCGGGCGGCGGAUGCCAAUGACAAGAGUCGCACUGGCUCGUCCCAUCCCUUCCGGGAGAGUAGCAAACAGAAGACUCUGGCACGAGUGAGCUCUCCGUCCC